AUGGCCUCACAAACCCUCGGAUUUAUCGGAUGCGGCAACAUGGGCGGAGCCGUCCUGAACGGCAUCCUCACCGCAUCAUUCACCAACCCUUCCACUGAAGCAAAGCCAAUUUCUCGAUUCAUCGCAUGCACCAAGUCCGCCGGCUCAGCAGCGUGCAUCGAGUCCAAAAUCGCGCCCGCGCACAGAGAUAUCAUCUCGGUCGUUUCCGGGCAGAAUGUCCAGACCAUGCGCGAGUCUGAUAUCGUCAUUCUCGGCUGCAAGCCGUUCAUGGCAGACGAGGUGCUGAGAGAAGAGGGCGUGCGUGAGGCGCUGGCUGGGAAAUUGGUCAUCAGUAUGCUGGCUGGUCAGUCGUGUGAGAAUCUGACAAGAAUCAUCAAAGAAGGGUCUGGGGCACAUGGCUCGGAAAAUAUGGAGCUAGUGCAGGGUCCCAAGGUGAUGAAAGUUAUCCCGAAUAUGGGGGCGCAAUUUGGUGAAUCAAUGACUAUUAUUGAGACGCCUGCAGCGGGCAUUGAGGAGGCGAUGGUGCGCACUGUGGAGUGGAUCUUCGGUCAGGUUGGGAAGAUCAAGUUCCUUGCGCCUGAGCAGACUGGUCUGGCGACUGUGCUUGUCGGAGCGACCUUGGCGACGCUGACGCUUCCCAUUGAGGGGCUGUUGGAUGGCUGUGUCGCUGAAGGGUUCAGGAGGGCUGAUGCCAUGGAGAUGGUGCUGCAGGGGAUUCGGGGGCUAUCUGCUGUUCUGGAGUCCGGGGCACAUCCCGCUGCUGUGAGAGAGAGUAUUUCCUCUCCGAGGGGAUGUACAAUCCAGACGCUGUUGAGUCUGGAAAAAGCAGGGACGAGAUCGGACUUUGCUGAGGCUAUGAUCCAGGGGAACAAGCAUCUCAAGGAAAACAUGUAG